GGACAUCCCACUUGUCACUCAGUCUCAUCAUUCCAUAAAAGACCUCAACUUCCGGUGCUCCUUCCUCAUUCACUCUUUCGGAUCAAAGCACACGUCUCUCUUUCUUCCUUCCUUUCUUUCUUUCUCCAAACCAAGAAAUCCAAACACAGCUACAAAAGAUGGACGCAGAAAGAAGAAUCGGAGUAGCUGUGGAUUUCUCGCCGUGCAGCAAAAAAGCACUGAAAUGGGCCAUCGACAACGUCGCCCGCAAAGGGGAUCACCUCAUCCUCGUCAUCGUACGCCCCGCUGACGUAUACGAGCACGGCGAGAUGCAGCUCUGGGGUGUCACCGGUUCUCCUUUGAUUCCUCUGCCGGAGUUUUCCGAUGCUCAUAUUAUGAACAAGUACGAAGUGAAGCCUGACGCGGAGACCGUGGACAUAGUCACCACUGCGGCUAGCCAGAAAGAGAUCACAGUGCUGGUGAAGAUCUACUGGGGUGAUGCCCGUGAGAAGAUUAUCGAGGCUAUUGACAAGAUUCCCUUGAGCUUCCUUGUGAUGGGGAACAGAGGGCUUGGCACGCUUAAGAGGGUUAUUAUGGGCAGUGUGAGCAAUUUUGUGGUAAACAAUGCGCGUUGUCCAGUUACUGUAGUCAAGAGUGAGACCUAAACCUUUUGGCGUGAUGACCGCUAGGUAAAUAAGUGCAAAUGCUGCCUCUGGUAUGAUUGCUUCCUUUCGCAACCACCUUUUAGUCUGUAUAAGAACUACUGGUCUUCUCCUUUGUUUGAAGUAAUAGAAUUUUGUUUUCAACUCUUUGUUGUAUGUUGAAGUCGGGUAGAUUUCAUGGAUGUAGAUGUUGGAAUUUGUUUGUGCAACAUUGUAUCAUGUGAGUUUAACUUGUAGCUGAUUCUGUUGAUUUUCAUUCCAGAAUUCAGUAGUUAAUAAAAUUGUAUAGAUGUUUAUUCAUCUUGGUGCUUGU